UUGGCGCAACUCCCAAGAGACGGCUGAUUUUUUUUAGGAAGGAUUACAUCGUCUUUGUUUUAGAAUGCCUCGGUAUUCUGUAAGCUUAACCAGCCGAGUGAGGCAAGCUUUGUACCUGCUACAGGAGCAGGUUCAAGAAAACGUCGUUGAAAAACUAGGAUCGAGAAAAUAAUAACUUUUUUUUGAAAAAAAUCAUUUGUUAAAAAAAACGUGAAAUGGCCACAGACGUCAUUCAAGUGACCAAUGUUUCGCCGAGCGCCACCUCGGAGCAGAUGAAAACUCUGUUCGGGUUUCUGGGCAAAAUCGACGAGUUGCGGCUCUUCCCUUCAGAUGAAUCACCAUUACCUGUGACGUCUCGUGUGUGUUUCGUAAAAUUUCAUGAACCUGACGCUGUGGGAGUGGCGCAGCAUUUGACAAACACGGUCUUCAUUGACAGAGCUUUGAUAGUUGUACCUUAUACAGAAGGAGUCAUUCCUGAUGAGUCUAAGGCUUUGUCUCUGUUGGCACCAGCUAAUGCAGUGGCAGGUCUGCUGCCUGGAGGUGGACUUUUACCAACACCUAAUCCUCUCACAUCACUCAGCAAUGUUCCAUUAGCUACUACUCUUGGGAAUGUGAAUCCUGGUUUGGAUCCAACUCUUGCUGCACUUGGACUGCCAGGAGCAAACUUGAAUUCACAGGUUACGGCAGAUCAGCUAUUAAAGCUCAUCACUCAAGUUGAUCCAAAGUUAAACCAUGCUGCUGGUACCAUUGUGAGUCCAGCUCUGAAAUCUGACACCUCUUCAAAGGAUAUUGAAGAAGCGAUGAAGAGAGUUAAAGAAGCACAGUCAUUGAUCUCAGCUGCUAUAGAAACUGAUAAAAAGGAGGACAAAAGGAAACAUUCUCGAUCAAGGUCUCGCUCACGUAGGCGGCGUUCUCGUUCCCGGUCAAGGCAUAGGCGUUCCAGGAGCAGAUCUAGAAGGCGUUCCCAUUCAAAGUCUAGGAGCAGACGACGAUCGCGAAGUCCAAGAAGAAGAAGAUCACGCUCAAGAGAGCGAAGGCGGUCUAGAAGUAUAUCCAAAUCGAGAGAGAAAAAGAAGGAAGAGAAAAAGAGAUCAAAAACACCUCCCAAAAGCUACAGCACAGCCAGGCGGUCUCGAAGUCCUAGCAGAGACAGAGACCGAGAAAGAGAACGAAGGCGUAGAAGAAGUAGGACGAUUUCAAGGUCCCCGAAGAAGUCGCGAUCACCCAAACGUAAAGUGUCGCGAUCACCAUCCCCUAGAAGGCACAAAAAAGAAAAGAAGAAGGAUAAAGACAGAGACAGAAGCAGAGAAGUAGAGGAAAGGGAGAGAUCAUCUAGCAAAAAGAAGAAGAGCAAAGACAAAGAGCGGGAGAAGGAGAGGGAAAAAAAAGCAGAGAGUGAAAAAGGAGAUGUGAAGGUUACAAGAGAUUAUGAUGAAGAGGAGCAAGGGUAUGACAGUGAAAAAGAAAGAAAAGAAGAGCAGAGAGUUUCUGAAUCUGCAGUGUCUCCAAAACUGAAAGAGGUUGCACAGCCAAGUGACAAGGAAAGUACUGAUGUUGUUAAAGAGUCAAAGGUCAAUGGCGAUGAUCACCAUGAAGAAGAUAUGGACAUGAGUGAAUAAACUUAGUGAAAGCUGAUUUAUAUUCCUAAUGUGAAGUGAUUAUUUUUAGCAGUGCUUUCUGUCAGAAUUGAAGUGUCGCCCUUCUAUAAUAUUUUCUAUGGUUAGAAAGUGGUGACUUUGGCACCUGCCUUGUUCGACACAGUUUGUGGAAGAGGUGUGCAGAUGACUUGGUUCAAGAAGUGAAACUGCACUUCUAAUAGCAUCAGAUUGGUGUGCCAGUAAGAAGCUUUUUCUGAAAUAUAUGCAGGGAUCUCCUUUGAAAAGAGUAGGAACCUCAGUAAUGUGUAAUAUUUGUUCAAAGAAACUCAACCAAUACUGAUGUAGAUAGUUACAUAUCCUAUGAGCCUUGUGACUGUAGAUUUUGAGUUUAUGUAGUUCACUGUUUAUUUGGCAUUCUUAGUUUAAGUGGCUUUGUCUGCUUUUGUAUGUAGCUCUAAUAAAUAACAUACUUUGAUAUUUCCUGCUCUUCAAUUUAUCAUUUGUGUAUUGCGCACUAUUUUCAAAAUAGUGAGCAUCUGCACAAACUGGAGUUCAUGUGCAAGGUCUUGAGGAAAAUAGUUUUCUUUAUCUUGAUACUGACAAGUCUGUCAGAUUAGCAAUUUUGGCUGCAGUAUGUGCCAUGGUCUUGUACAGUUUAUGAAAACAAUUUCUGUUUUACAUGUGAGCUUUGAUAAUAAAAGCUAUUUUAAAGCCUA